AUGGGGAAAAGAAAGGGAGGGCCACUAUGGAUAUUCUGCCUAAUUUGGAGUUAUUGCGAGGGCAAAACACCAGUGCAGAUAGUCCAGCGCCCUGCAGUCACCAGGAGUGAAUGUUCCACCUGGGGCAGUUUCCACUUUCAGACAUUUGACCAUGUUAAAUUUGAUUUCCCCGGAAUCUGCCACUAUGUUUUCGCCUCGCACUGCAAUGACAGCUACCAGGACUUCAACAUCCAGGUCAAGCGCAGCGACAAGAAUGGAUUUCCAGUCUGCUUCACUGCUAUCAUUGAUGGAGUGCUUCUAGAGGUGAAAGAGUCAGGCAUCACAGUGAAUGGACAUGAGAUUCCCCUUCCCUUCAGCUUGAAGAGCAUUUUGAUUGAAGACACCUGUACUUACUUCCAAGUCACAUCCACGCUUGGCCUGACUCUCAAGUGGAACUGGGCUGACACUCUCUUACUGGACUUGGAAGAUACAUACAAGGGGAAAACAUGUGGACUGUGUGGGAACUAUGAUGGCAAUGAGGAGAAUGAUUUGCAUUUGAAUGGUUAUAAACUACUCCCGAGGCAGUUUGGAAACCUUCACAAAGUAGAGGAGCCCUCAGAAAAGUGCCCUGAUGUAGCUGAAGAUGAAGAUGCCAAAAACCAUAAAAGUCGCUCUCAUCAACAAAAAAAUAAAUGUAGUAAAUAUAAAUCAAAAUGCAAGAAACUCCUAGCCCAUCUUGGGAACUGUUCCAGAGUGGUUGCUUUUGAUGACUAUGUAGCCACCUGCACCGGAGACAUGUGCAUCUGUGCAAAGAAUUCUUCUUCUGAUUCUGCUUUGGUUUCCAGCUGCAUAUGCAGCACCCUUAGCCAGUAUUCCCGAGACUGCGUCCUGAAUGGGGGAAUCCCUGGGAAAUGGAGAACCAAAGAUCUUUGUUUCCAGGAAUGUCCAAACAACCUGGAAUAUAUGGAAUGUGGAAACCCCUGUGCCGACACAUGCGCCAAUCCAGAGAGGAGCAAGAUCUGUAAAGCCCCAUGUACUGAUGGUUGCUUCUGCCCUGCUGGGACUAUUCUCGAUGACAUGAAUGGCAACAAAUGCAUCCCCACUAACAGCUGUCCAUGCAUGUUUCAAGGCAAAGUCUAUGCAACUGGAGGGUCCUACUCCACUCCUUCUCAAAACUGUACCUGUGCUGGUGGCCGAUGGGUUUGUGUAUCUCUGCCUCUUUCUGGAAAUUGCAACGUGGAGGGAGGGUUCCACAUUACUACGUUUGAUAACAAAGAGUUCAUUUUUCAUGGCAAUUGUCAUUAUGUCUUAGCUAAGGACAAUGGCAGCAGCUUUGUGGUUGUUGGAGAGAUCAUUCAGUGUGGGAUAUCAAGCACUAUGACUUGCUUGAAGAAUGUAUUAGUCACAUUAAGAGCCCUUAAUAUCCGACUCUGUUCCUGUGGAAAUGUCUAUAUCAAUAAUUUCAUUGCAGUGCUGCCAAUAACUAGAGAUGGCAUCACUAUCUUCAGACCGUCUACAUUCUACAUCAACAUCUUGACCUCAUUUGGAGUACAGAUCCAAGUGCAAAUAAAACCCAUUAUGCAGCUGUUCAUAACAGUGGAUGACUCUUACCAAAAUCACACAUCUGGUCUUUGUGGCAAUUUCAACAACAUCCAGAUUGAUGACUUUCGGACAGUUAGUGGAGUUGUGGAGGAUUCAGCUUCAGCCUUUGGUAACUCAUGGAAGACUAGGGGCAGCUGUCCUGAUGUUGAAGAUAACUUUCAGGACCCUUGUGCAAACAGUGUGGACAAAGAAAAAUUUGGGCAGCACUGGUGUGAACUUCUGUCUAACACAAGUGGUGUAUUUGCUUCCUGUCAUUCCGUUGUAGAUCCCUCAUCAUAUGUCAAGAACUGUGUUUAUGACACUUGUAAUGCUGAGAAGAGUGAAGCGGCCCUGUGUAGCGUGCUCUCUACAUACUCCAGAGAUUGUGCUGCAAGAGGAGUACACCUGAAAGGCUGGAGGCAUGGGGUCUGUGAUGUCUCUAAGGACUGUCCUGAAACGAUGGUAUUCAGCUACGAUGUGAAGUUCUGUAACCACUCCUGCCGCUCCCUGAGCGAGCCUGAUCUGCUGUGUAAUGUCCAGAGCACUCCUGUAGAGGGCUGUGGUUGUCCCAAGGAGACCUACCUAAAUGCUGAUGAAUGUGUGUCUCCAGAAGACUGUCCAUGUUACUACAAAGACAAGACAAUUCAAGCUGGGAAAUCAUUCCAAGAGGACAAACUCAUGUGCAAAUGUAUUCGAGGAAGAUUAGACUGCAUUGGAGAAGCCAUAAUGAAAAAAGAUUGUCCUGCUCCUAUGUUUUACUUCGACUGCAGUUCUGCCGGCCCAGGAGCAAUUGGAUCUGAGUGUCAGAAAAGUUGUAAGACACAGGAUAUGCAGUGUUAUGUCACAGAAUGUGUCUCUGGCUGCCUGUGCCCCAAUGGGCUUGUAUCUGAUGGUAAAGGGGGCUGCAUUGCUGAGGACCAGUGUCCAUGUGUCCAUGGAGAAAAUUUCUAUAACCCUGGGGAAAGUAUCACAGUCCGCUGUAACACAUGCACAUGUAAUAACAGACAGUGGAACUGCACAGAGAACCCUUGCCAGGGAACGUGCACCGUGUAUGGAAAUGGACAUUACUUGAGCUUCGAUGGAGAAAAGUUUGAUUUCAUGGGAGAUUGCGAUUAUAUCCUAGCUCAGGACUUUUGCCCCAAUAACCCCAAUGAUGGCACCUUCCGAAUUGUAACUCAAAACAAUGCGUGUGGGAAAUCACUCUCCAUCUGUUCCUUGAAGAUCACAUUGAUUUUGGAGAACAUUGAAAUCAGACUCCUGGAAGGAAAAAUUCAGGAGAUAACCACUGAGCCAGAUGCUGUAAAGAAUUACAAGUUGGAUCUCAGGGGGGUUUAUAUUGUGAUUGAAACUUCCCAGGGAAUGACCUUCAUGUGGGACCAAAAGACCACAGUAAUUGUUCUAGUGGCACCCUCUUUCCAGGGCAAAGUCUGUGGCCUUUGCGGUGAUUUUGAUGGCCGUUCAAAGAAUGACUUUACAACCAGAGGGCAGUCAGUGGAGAUGAGAGUGCAGGAGUUUGGGAACAGCUGGAAAGUCACCAGCAGCUGCUCAAACAUAAACAUGACUGACCUGUGUGCUGAUCAGCCUUUCAAAUCUGUACUGGGACAAAAGCACUGCAGCAUUAUCAAGAGCAAUGUCUUUGGGGCCUGCCACAGUAAGAUCAACCCGAUGCCAUAUUAUGAGUCUUGUGUGUCUGACUUCUGUGGCUGUGACAGCGUGGGAGACUGUGAAUGCUUCUGUACCUCAGUAGCUGCUUAUUCAAGGAGCUGUAAUAGAGUUGGUGUCUGUAUUGACUGGAGGAGACCUAGCAUUUGUCCUGUGUUCUGCGAUUACUACAAUCCACCUGACAAACACGAAUGGUUCUAUAGGCCAUGUGGAGCCCCCUGUCUAAAGACCUGCAGGAAUCCACGGGGCAAAUGUGGUAACCUGCUGUAUAGUUUAGAAGGCUGUUACCCAGAGUGCAGCACUGAGAAGCCAUAUUAUGAUGAGGAACGAAGGGAAUGUGUCUCGCUGCUCGACUGCAUGUCAUGCAACCCUAAAGAAAAACUGUGCACAGAGGACUCCAAGGACUGCCUCUGCUGUUACCAGGAAAAGACCUACACCUUAAAUGAAAGUAUAUACAGUCAAACAGAUGGGGUCAGCUGCUGGAAGGCUGUCUGUGGCCCUAAUGGGAAUAUCAUUAGAACAUUCAUUCCUUGUGGAACAUCUACAAUGGUGCCUGCUAUAGAGGAGUCAGGAGUAGGGAACAUUAUAGAAGUACCUUCUACCACAUCGACACCAGCAGUAACCAGGGCAUCCCCAUGCUAUUGCAAUGUAAAUGGACAGCUGAUAUCUCAGGGGAAUAUUGUAUCUCAGACAACUGAUGGUUUGGGUCGGUGUUUUUACUCCAUAUGUAAUGCCUCAUGUCAGAGUGAGUUAAUCCAGGGAGAAUGUGCAACCACUCCAAGACCGAGCACAGCUCCUGAGCAGCCCAGCGACCACUGUGAUUCAGCUUUACAGAAUGGACGUUGUGAAAACACUCCUACAAGUGCAGCAAACACAUCUGCUCCCAAAGUAACUCCUAUGAGAGACUGUCCAUAUCUCAGUCCUCCUAGAAAGUUUAAUGAAUCAUGGGACUUCGGAAAUUGUCAAAUUGCCACUUGCUUGGGAGGUGGAAAUGAUAUUAAACUGUCCAAUGUGAAUUGCCCUCCUCAACUAUUAAACCUCUGUGUCAAUGGUUUCCCACUCACAAAACACUAUGACGAAACUGGCUGCUGUGAAGUGUUUGAGUGUCAGUGUGUAUGCAGUGGGUGGGGAAAUGAACAUUACGUGACUUUCGAUGGAACAUAUUAUAAUUUCCAGGGGAAUUGCACCUAUCUCCUGGUGAAGCCAAUCCAGCCUGACUCUCAGAGCUUCUGGAUUCACAUGGACAACUACUACUGUGGUACAACUGAUGGAGCAAUUUGUUCAAAGUCCCUUGUCAUUUUUUAUAAGAAUUCCAUGGUGAUUCUGACACAAGCAGUAGAACAUAGGAAAGAAACCAACUUGGUUCUGUUUAACAAUAAGAAGGUUGUGCCAAAUGUUUCCAAGAAUGGUAUCAUCAUAACCAGUUCUGGCCUCUACGUUGUGGUUGAAAUACCUGAACAAAAACUGUAUGUCUCCUAUGGACGACUUAUGUUUUACAUAAAACUCCCUUUCAGCACCUUUUAUAACAAUACCCUGGGGCAAUGUGGUACAUGCACCAACCAAAAGUCUGAUGAUGCUAUGAAGAGGAAUGGUGAGAUUGCAGACUCCUUCAGAGAGAUGGCUUUAGACUGGAGAGUGCCAGAUCCUACCAACAGAAAUUGUGAAUUAAGUACCCUGGCGCCCGGUUGGACAGAGACCUCAUUAUCCAAAGUGGGAGCUUGUGCUCCCAGUGCUCUUUGUAAACUCAUCUGGAAUUUGACAGGCUGUCACAGUGCCGUUCCCCCUCGACCUUACUAUGAGGCUUGUGUUGUGGAUGGCUGCUCAGCAUUACCCCAGAAGACCGAAUGCCAAAGCCUUCAGACCUAUGCGGCCUUGUGUGGAUUCCAUGGAAUCUGUGUUGACUGGAGGAGCAAAACUAACGGGCUGUGUGAAGCCAAAUGUUCUCAGGACCAGAUCUACAAGCCAUGCGGGGGAACAGAAAGAAGCACAUGCUUCAGCAGGAAAACCACCAUCCCCUUGCAAGAUAAGGAUCCAGUACUUGUUGAAGGGUGUCACUGCCCUGAUGGAAAGAUCCUGCUGAAUAAUCUUGAUGGCAUUUGUGUUUCUGUCUGCGGCUGUAUUGGACCUGAUGGAUUAGUGAAACAGCCUGGAGAGAAAUGGGAACAUGAUUGUCAGUACUGCACCUGCAAUGAGGCGACCUUGAAUAUCUCUUGUUCACCCCACUCUUGUGUUAAGUCUCUGCCAGUCAACUGCACUAAAGAAGGAUUUGUUCCUAAAACACGACCCCGUUCAGAAGAUCCCUGCUGUCCAGAGACAGUGUGUGAAUGUGAUGUAAAGUCCUGUUCUCUCAUCAAAAGACAAUGCGAUUUAGGCUUCCAGCCAGUGGUAGCUAUUUCUGAGGAUGGCUGUUGUCCUAUUUUUUCCUGUAUACCAAAAAGUGUAUGUGUUUCUGAAGGAGUUGAAUAUAAGCCAGGGACAAUGGUGCCUAAAAACUCUUGUGAAGAUUGUUUGUGCACUGAAAAGCAGGACCCUGCUACACAAACUAACCAAAUUCAGUGCACGCCAGUAAAAUGCUCAACUGAUUGCCGGCAGGGUUUCCGCUACACCAGAGAAGAAGGCAGGUGUUGCGGCCAGUGUGUGCAGGUGGCCUGUGUGGCGAAGCUUCCAUCUGGCAUUGUGACCAUUGAGGUUGGGAAGACCUAUAAAGUUCUGGAGGAUAACUGUACUCUGUAUAAUUGCACUCAGUCAUCAGGCCAGUUUGUUUUGACUAGCACAAUAAUAUCCUGCCCAGCGUUUGAUCCGUCAAACUGUGUCCCAGGAACUGUUGCGACAACUUCAGAUGGAUGUUGUAAGACAUGUAUCCCAUUGUCAAAUGUUUGCAAACUGAAGCUGAAAAAAGAAUACAUCACUCACAAGAGCUGUAAAUCAGCAGCUCCUGUCCUAGUGCCUUCAUGUGAAGGGUCCUGCGGUACAUACUCUGUGUAUGCUUUUGAUGACAGUAAAAUGAAACACAAAUGCACUUGCUGCCAUGAAACAAAGAGCCAUGAGAUGAAGGUGGAAUUGAUUUGCUCUAAGAGGAAGAGAAUCGAAUACACAUAUGUUCAUGUAGAUGAGUGUGACUGUGUGGAGACAAAAUGCCAAGAGAAAAAGCCAUAAAGACAAAGUGCUGGAGAAACAUCUAUUUUUAAUGCUUCACCUGUGAAUAGUUUAGAACAUAGCUGUGAGUGUUCGCUGACCUUUUAAUGAGGUUCCUUCCCUCCUUUGCUUUUCC